AAGCUUUUCACCUUCAAUUCCAAGGUACUCAUUUUGCAUUUGCGUUUGCGUCGCUCCAUAACAUUUAUUCUCUGAUCUGAUCAUUAGAUUUUAUAUGUUAAGUAAUUCUUGUACUUUUUUCUUGAAUUCUGAGAUUUAGUGAAUAGCAUGUGUUUGACUUUUUGAUCACACGAGAUAGCAUCAAGAAUUGUUUAAAUUCAAGAAUUUAUGUGAAUUGUUUAGAAUUCUUUAUUCGCCAUUAAUAGAUAAUUCAAUGUGCUUGCUUCUACGCAAUUUUAUUUUUUGUUGUUUGGAAUCUGAUCUCUUCCAUUUUUGGUUAUUCAUAGUGACUAAUAAGAGCUAAAUUUUAUUUUUGGUUUGAUUUUGAUUUGAUUUGGGUGUCAUGUCCCUCGAUUCUUUUAAGUUUUGCAUGUUUAUUGGUUUUUUUUUCGUGGAAGUUAGUGAGAAGGGUUUUGAAGAAUAGAAGAAAUUUGUAGAUUUGUGGGAGCCAUUAGAGCUAGGGCUCUAAAAGAUGAGUGACAAUUUGAUGGAGAAACUCAGUGCCUUUGGUGAGCGCUUGAAGCUCGAAGGGUCUGAGGUCAGCCAAAAGAUCAGUGCUGGCAUGAGCUCUAUGAGCUUCAAGAUGAAAGAAUUCUUCCAAGGCCCAAAUCAGGUUGAUAAGCUCGUUGAAGAAGCAACAGCUGAAACUCUAGAUGAGCCUGAUUGGUCCACGAAUCUCGAGCUUUGCGACAUGAUUAAUCACAACAAGAUUAGUAGUGUUGAACUGAUUCGCGGGAUAAAGAAGCGGAUCAUUUUGAAGAGCCCCAGGGUUCAGUACUUGGCUCUGGUGUUGCUUGAGACACUUGUUAAAAAUUGUGAGAAAGCAUUUUCAGAGGUUGCGGCCGAGCGGGUGCUUGAUGAGAUGGUGAAGUUGAUUGAUGAUCCUCAGACAGUUAUUAAAAAUAGGAACAAGGCUCUGAUGCUGAUCGAAGCAUGGGGGGAGUCCUCUAAUGAGCUCCGGUAUUUGCCUGUUUAUGAAGAGACAUACAAGAGUUUGAAAUCCAGAGGUAUGCGGUUUCCUGGUCGUGAUAAUGAGAGUUUGGCUCCUAUAUUUACUCCUCCCCAAUCAGUUUUAGCUUCUGAUUCAGAUGCUAGUCCUGCCCAGCAUAUCCAUCAUGAUAUUCCUGUGCAAAGCUUUUCAGCUGAACAAACAAAAGAAGCAUUUGAUGUGGCACGAAACAGUGUUGAGCUUCUAGCCACUGUCAUAUCCUCUUCACCGCACCAAGAUGCUUUAGAGGAUGACUUGACAACCACACUUGUACAACAGUGUCGCCAGUCCCAGUUUACUGUGCAGAGAAUCAUAGAUACCGCUGGGGAUAAUGAGGCCUUGCUCUUUGAAGCCUUAAAUUUGAAUGAUGAAAUCCAGAAAGUCCUAUCAAAGUACGAAGAUAUGAAGAAAUCUUCAGUGGUUCCACCAGAGCUGGAACCUGCAAUGAUACCUGUGGUGAUUGAGCCUGAUGAAUCACCUCGCUUAGUGAAAGAAGAUGCUCUGGUCAGAAAACCAGCUGGCUCUCGAGGUGGAGCCCAGGGAGGGAACAAUGAUGACAUGAUGGAUGAUCUUGACGAGAUGAUCUUUGGUAAGAAAGCGGGUGGAACAUCCAAAGUGGGGCAUGAUAAAAGAAAGCAGCAAUCACCAAAGGAUGAUCUUAUCACCUUCUGA